AUGGCAUCACACUUUUUCUAUUUCUUCUACUGGACGCUACCGCAGCUGUCUUAUAUGCAGGAAGAGACCAAAUCGCGCAUCUUGAGAGCUGACCAUACAGGAAAGCUGUACGAGGUGAAAGCAUUGCCUCGUCGUCGUCUAGGUAGAUUAAGUUGGGAAAAGAUAUCUGUCGAUGCUUCCUCGCUGAGGUCUUUCUUGGAGACGACAUCAGACAUCAGAUCAAAAAACGAGGAAGAUGACUUGCGACAGUGCCAGCAAUGCGAUAACAGUCUCUACUUCAGGGUCUUGGGGAUACCUAAUCAAGCAGCUGAUGAAACCAUUUCUUCAGUACCAGUACUCGGCGAGCGUACCCCAUCUCAGUCACCAAAAGUGACACCCGGAGUCAAAGAAGAACCAAACUUGAGAAACCAACAACCAAAUCCUCAACCAGAUGAUGAAUUGGACGGUAAUCGAGCUCCUGCCGGCGUUAAAAGCGAGAGAUCUUCGGGAGAAGAUAACUCCUUGCAAUCUGGCCACGAGAUAUCUGCAGAAUCAUCGGAUUCAACAUCGUGUAACUUCCCAACACAUCGCCGAACUCGAGAGACACUCACGCUCAGAAGAUGCGAAAAUAAUAUUGCACCAAAUUACCAAGACAUUUUUAUUGAAGGCUCAAUCGUCAAGAAGCUCGAGCAAGUGACUUCACUUUCACUCUCACGGCCAAAAGCUUUCUCGUGUGGCGUGCUCAAGGGCAAUAAAGUAACGAGCUCCAUUCUUUACGGGCCCCCAGGCACAGGCAAAAGCAUGUUGGCUCGAGGCAUGGCGAAACAAUCAAAGUUUAGCAUGCUUUCUAUCUCAACUUCAGAGGUUUGGCAGAAGUGUCACGGAGAGGACGAAGAGAUGGUUGAGGCCAUCUUUUCUCUGGCGCGAAAGAUGCACCCUUGCUUUGUUUUCGUGGAUGAAGCUGAUGCAAUGCUUGGAACGCGCAACGCUGGUGAGAGGAGGCAUAGCAGGUCGAUGCUGAACCAGUUUCCCAUGGAAUGGGAUGGCUUGGUGUCAGAUACAAAAGCUCCCUUCGUCUUACUAGCUACGAAUAGGCCGCUCAACUUGGGUCCGGGCGUUCUCCGACGAGCGCCAGUGCAGAUACAUCUCAGCAAUCCUACAAGAGAACAGAGAUCCGGUAUCCUUGGCUUGCUGCUCAAAGGAGAAACAUUGCAGGACAUCAACGCGGGCCAUCUUGCAAAACGGCAACCGCUUGGAAAUGAUCUUGUUGGAACGUGUUUUGAGGGAGCCGGAUCGAAAGUUCGCAGCAACCUUGAGACUGGCCUCGGCAAGGUUUUAUUUAUCGAUGAAGCCUAUCGCUUGGCAAGUAAUUCCAUAUUGCAUGCAGAGGCUAUCGGUGAAUUAGUUGACGCAAUGACCCAAUUACGCUAUCAGAACAAUAUAGCCAUCAUUUUGGCUGGGCACACCGUCGAGAUGGAACGCCUCCUACGAAUCAAUCCUGGGUUGCGUAGUAGAUUCACAGAACAGAUGGCUUUCCCGUCUUUGAUCCCACAUGCAUGUCUCAAGCAUCUAACACAAGAAGUCAAGAAACUCAAGAUUAACAUCCCGGAAACAGGAGGACCGAACGGCGAGAAGUUGAAGACAGUCGAGCGCAUUUUCACAAAGCUGGGCCAAACGAGGGGAUGGGCUAGUGGUCGAGACGUUGAGACUUUGGCCAAAACCGUCACCUGCAAUGUAUAUAAGCGGGCCGGGAGAACGGAGCAGAGGGGGGCCACGGGCGCGCUGCAAGUGACUUGGGACGAAGUGAUCGACGCUCAGAAAGGAAUGCUGGCGGAACGCAGAGGACCAGUUGGCGACAAGGUGGAGGAGCCGGUUAUGAACAUCAUUGUGUCUCUGCCAACGAAGUCAAUGAGGUCGACCGACGGCCUUCUCGCCAAGAGCAUCGACAUCGCCGGCCUACUCGAGCACAUGUUGCGAUGCGGUCACAUCUCGUUUUUGCCCCUCAUCGUGAAUACAAAGAAGCGAAAACAGGAAAGACAUAUCAAUAAUGAUAGUAAUGAUAAUCAUAGAGAUCCAGACAAGCCAAAUUCUGUCACCCACUCGCUGUGUUUCUACCCCACGGUCCACAGCUGGAUUCCCACUAAUGCCGCCAUUCCGUGUCAACUCCAGUACCAAACGCCGUCUCAUAAAACACCCAACGACAAGCUAACACCCUGA